UCUCGGUACAUGUCCCGGCAGCCAAUGGAGCGCCGGGGGGCGUGACCGUGGGCGUGGCAGACGACACUACAGCGAUCGCCGGAGAGUCGCGCUGCCAUCACAACCGGUUUCAAGCGCAUCUUUAUAACAGACGGAACCAUCUACAACCAUGUCUGAGGCUGAGUUCCAGAAAGCGGCAGAGGAGGUCAAGCAGCUGAAAGCGAAACCAGCGGACGCUGAGAUGCUGGAAAUAUACAGUCUGUACAAACAGGCCACCGUAGGAGACGUCAACACUGCUCGACCGGGCAUGUUAGAUUUCACUGGCAAGGCCAAAUGGGACGCCUGGGAGGCCAAGAAAGGUAUGAGUAAGGAGGAUGCCGUGAAAGCGUACAUCGCUAAGGUAGAGGAGCUGAAGGGAAAGUACGGGAUCUAAUGGACGGAACCCCUCGGGGCCAGCAUGCCUUCACCUGCACUGUUCUCCCACGAAGCGCCUUUAGGCCUCCAGCGGGUCCCCUCUCUAGGGUGUCACAGAUACGCUGCAGCAUGCAGACUCCGUUCUGUGUGAGAGAACAGGCACAAUUCUUGCAGGCCAAAAGAAAGCCCACCAGUAACCAUGUAGUGAAAACCUUAAUGAAUUCAGAUUUGUGCAAGGCCAUAAAAUAACUUUCAAAAACCAUGUUUGCGUGUGUUUUUUUUACUGACUGAGGACAGCAUGUUGGAUUUCCCUUUUAAAAAUUGCUGUUUUUUUAAAACCCUGUGAAAGAUUUUGUGAUUAAAAACGAUCAAAUAACCAAA